UUUUUAGAACUGCUACAAAUAUUAUAUGAGUGAGAACAUAAACUGCAAUUCUGAAGGAAUUGGUGAGCAGUGCAGAUGGUGUGCAGAACGUGGAAACCUAAUUUGUUGUGACUCUUGCGAUAAUGCUUUUUGCAAAAAAUGCAUUUCCCGCAAUCUAGGGAAAAAAGAAAUCUCAAAAAUAAUGGAUGAAAACAAUCAGUGGCAGUGCUAUAUUUGCCACCCAGAACCUUUGUUAGAUUUGGUUGCAGUCUGUGACUGUGUAUUUGAGGAUAUAUCACUUUUGAGGCAACAGAAUAAAAAGAAGCUAAAGUCUGCAAGUGAAAAGAGUGGUAAGACAUGUAACCAUCCACCUAAAUUCUACUCCACCACAAAAGAAGAAGAAAAACCUCAGUUAGAUGAUUUUCACUCAGAUGCUGUAACACAUUCUUUUUCAUCAUUAAUGGUUUCAAAAGACUUGAUUACAAAGACUGAAACACUACUUGAGAACACUACAGUUAUGAAGUCUAGUUUUGUGACAUUUUCAGAACAAAUAGCCAGCAAUUCAGAAAUGAGCUCAAAUACUAUGUUAAAUCAAUUGAAAGGUGUUAGAUCUGUAAGGAAUGACAUAAGUAAGGCUCAUAAGGCAUUAGAAGAAUGCUUGAACAAGGAGAUAAGCAGCUUGGUUGUUAAAGAAAAGAAAGAAAAUAGCAAAGAAGGAAAACAUGAGAAUGCUAAAAAAGAUGCCAAAAUUAAAAAUGUAGAUAAAAAAUAUGAAGUGGAAGAUAUAUUUGCUACAAAAACAAAAAGGUUUCCAAAUGACAAAACUGAUGCAGAAAUUAUAGUUCCAACAGCAACAACUGGUGAGGUUAAGAAUACAAAUGAAUUUCAAUAUGAACCUGCAUGUACUUCUAAAUCUUUAGAUAUGGACAUUCUAUCCAUUCCUUCUUCAAGACCUGAAGAUAUUUUUGAGAAUCAAGAAAGUUCUAUCAAUAUCCAGAAUGAUGAAAAUACUGAAAUAUAUAAGGACACAGAAAAUUCCCUUUUAGAAACAAAUGAAUCUUCAGUUGGCAAAGGAAGAUCCAUGGUAAAGACAUUAACGAGGAAAUUAUAUGUUAAGUUUUCUCCUUUUUCCAUGUCAGAUGCCUCAUUGAAAGAUAUUAUUAGUCAAGAGAAAAGAGAAGAGGAAUAUCAACAGGAGAGCAGUAUUCCAGGAAAUACUGAAGUCAUCCCUGAUAAUGACACUGCACUAUUUAACGAGGAAACUGACCUUCAAAGAUCACCGCUUGUGAAAACAACAUCUUCAAUUGGACACAUAGAAAAGGAGCUUGUAACAUCUAAUUCAGAAGAAAGUGGUGAAAAACGUAAACCAAGAUCAUCAGGGCAGUGGGAAAAAGAAGGUAGACAAGUUUUUUUGCCUGAUGCUGAAGAAAAAUUCAAGUUAAUUAAUAAAGAAACCAGUUCAGAUGCAGAUGAAAAGUCAGCUUUGUGGAAGGAGGCUGCCAAGGAGGAUAAGAGUUCUUCAGAGUCUGAUACUGAUUUAAAAUACGACAGUAUUCAGAAGAAAAUUGUAUACAAGGCAAAGCAUCAUGAGCUUAAAGAUCAUAAAGGGAAACGAAAAAGAGAAGAUUCCACUUAUAAUUCAGAUAAUGAUAACAAAAAAGGUGAAGUGUCUGAAAAUCCCAAGAAACAGCAGGAAGAAAAUGAUAUUUUAUCUUCAUCUGACAUGUGGGAUAGUGGAGAUGAAACGAACACUACAUCUGUUCCUGUUUUAAUGGAAGAAGAUGAUGAUGAUCCUGAGAAUUGGAUUACCAAGAAGACUCUCUUAGAAGAAAUAAAAGCCAAUUUUUCCUCAGAUGAAAGUGAAGAAUCAGAUGAUACUAAAAACAUUACUGAAAAGAAAGAUGAAACAAAUACAAGAAGUGAGGGGAUUUGUGAAAAAAGCAAUUUGAAAUCUGAUUCAGACUCUGAGGAAAUUAAGAAGCUGAAAUACAGAUCCCCACUGGUUACAUACAAUCUAAAUAUAAGUGGUGGAGAAUCUGCAGAAGAAACAAAAGAAAGCAAACACAGAAAGAAGAGGAAAGUGAGCAUGGAUGAUUCGGGACUGAAAGUUACUGAAAACAUUACUGAACAUGAAGAUGGUGAACAGUCAAAGACAAG